AUGGGCCGCCGCGAAAGCGCACGCUUCAGGCGACGACGCCAGGCCUGGUGGGAGGUGCAGUCUGGUGCUACAGCUCGCCAGGCGCCCGACGCCGCGACGCAACGUGAGUUCGUGACGGCGAUCGACAAGAAGCGGUCGCAGGCCUUCGGCAUCGAGCGGCUCGCGCGGCUGCAGCUCGACGGCGGCGCGCCGGCGCCGGCCUGGGUCUCGCGCACGAAUAACGACGGGACGCUCUCGCUCCUGCGCUACGCGUCGUUGCGAGGCCGCGAGCGCAUCGUGGGGAUGCUGCUGCGGGGCGGCGCUUCGCUCGCCUGCUGGCCCUGCGACGGCGAGAACGUGGACAUGGAGUCGCUCACGCAGCUCCCGGUGCAGGAGGCGAGCCGGUGUCUUGUGCUGGCGGCGCGGUUCGCCGAGGCGGCGCCCGAGGUUGUCGUGGAGCUCGACGGCCACGCGAACGAGGAGGGCGACGCGUUGCCGACGCGCGCGAAGGCCAGAGGCUUCGCGUGGCGGAGGCUCGAGGAAGCCCAGCGGAAGCGGUGGUGGGUCGGCUGCGGCUGCGCCGUGGCCGGCGAGGGCCUCUUCGCCCACCUCGCGGUGCGGCGGCCCUACGGCGCGUUCGUACCGUGUCCCGCGUGCGGCGGCGGCGACGUACCGGCGCCGGUGACGCGCGCGCGCGAGCUCGACGCCGACGUGUCGGGGACGGCGGACCAGGCGCGCCAGAACUUCGCGCGCCUGAGCGACAAAAUCCGGACGCGCAUCACGGACGCGCUCUUCGCGGCGGCGCGGCGCGGCGACGUGGCGCGCCUGAAGCGCAUGCUGAUCGGCGACGGGUGCGACGUCGACGCGCUCGACGAGCAGGGCGGCUCGGCGGCGCUCGCGGCGGCGCUCGCGGGGCAGACGGCCUUUUUGGACGUCCUGCGGACCGCCGGCGCGGACCUGGGUCGGUCGAGCGCCGUGGCGCCGCCCCGCGGAGACGUCGCCGCCGUCGACGCGGCGCGGCUGGCGCCCGGCCCGGCGCCCGCCGACCUACGCGUCGAGGAGCGCGCGCCCGGUGUUACUUACGUGCGCGGCUGCUGCUCGGCGGCGGAGGUCGAAUCGCUCGCGCGAUUGCACGCGUCGCUGCCGGUCGCAAAGGCCGCCAAGCUCCAGUGUGGCCUGGAGCGGCGGCACUUCGUCGACGCGCACCGGUGGCUCGACGCGCUCGUGCGCCGGGCUUUACCGACUGCGCGUGUCGCGCCGCGCGGCAAGUUCGUCGAGUACGUCCGCGCCGACAGCGAGAUGGCCCCGCACGUGGACCUGUCGAAGCCGGCGGCGGAGUGCCUCGACGGGACCGCCGCCGCGACGACGCACACGUGGGUCCUCUACUUGCGGACCUGCGCCAAUGGCGGCGCGACGGCGAUGCUGUCUGACGUCCGCGCCGGCGCCGCCGUGCUCGACGAGGUCUACCCCGAGCGCGGCGCGCUGCUGGUGUUCCCGCACCGCCAACCGCACGCGGGCCGGCCGACGCGCGCGGCGGAUCCGCCGAAGCUGAUCGCGCGCGGGGAGCUGCUGUUUGUGGAUGAGUAG